CUAUUAAAAGUAAGAUCUCAUUCACUUGUUUCUUUACCGCAACAUGGUUGGAGGUCGAUGAUAAGGAUAGAAGAAAUGCAGGUCGCAAAGACGAGGAAAAAGCAAUAUGUCAACAACAUUUCGAUACCUAAAGAAGUUGUUGUUGAGAUAUUACGAAGAGUACCUUGCGAAGAGUUGUUUGAAACUUUAAAGAAAGUAUGUAUGCAGUGGUGUUCGAUUAUCUAUAGUGGAAGUUUUGCCUACUCACACGUUGAGUGCGGAAUAUUAAAAUCAUCAUCAUUUUUCUCACAAUAUGAAGCAGUUGUUUUUGAUCAGAUUGAUAAUACACGCUCCAUUUCAGUUUCUGCGUUGGAAUGGCAGAGUAGGCCUUUCCCAAACUAUCCUGAUGAAGAUUUAGAGACUAAAUACAUGUAUACAAUAGACGAUGUAUUGGAAUUCCAAGUACCACGAAUGAUAACAGUGAAUUCUGUGAAUGGUUUUGUUUGUUUUUGGAGUCGCAAUGCUCGUGUCCAUGUCUUGAAUCCUCUGACUGAAGAGCAUUUCACUACUCCACCAUAUACGUAUGAAAUUCGUUCUGUUACACCCCCCUGUCUUGCUGCAAUUGGGUUCGGGUUUUGCCAGCUUUCCUAUGAAUACAAGGUGGUUGUUCUUCAAGAAGAUGGCGAAGGAUUUGAGAUUAAACCAUUAGUUUUUACUGUUGGAACUGACCGUUCGUGGAGGUCUCUGAAAGCAAUACCUGAUAUAAAAUUUGGUACGAGAUUUGAGAAGGGUGUAUAUGUGAAUGGGGUAUUGUAUUGGUACAUGGAUAGUUGUACUCGGCCACGUUGUGGGAGUAAUGAGAUCAUUACAUCCCUCAUAUGUUUCAAUGUAUCUAAAGAAGAAGUUGUUACGACUAUGGUUCCAGCUGAACUUGAUAUCAGAGAAGGAUAUGAAUCUAGGAUAGCACAAAAGGGAGGGAACCUUUGUUUGGUAAGCUUAAGUUAUGGUCCUAUUUGCUCCCUCUUGAUCAAGGUAUAUAUCGCGGACACUAGUACUGAUUUGAGUAGCUUCAGUUCUUGGAAGAAUGAGUUCAAUGUGACUGCUCCUAAUAUGGCUUACAAUAUAAGCAUAAAAAAUGCGUGGUCCGUCUCCAUAGUUACUGAUGACAUGUUGGUGAUUCGAAGAAUGUUCACGAUGGAUCAUCUAAUCUUUAUUGAUGUACCAACUGGAAUGAUGUUGAGUAGCUAUUGUCUGUAUACCUCUGCAGGUUUUAUCCCUUAUGUACCAAGUUUGGUGUCUCUUUCCCAUCGCCCCCCGCCACUUUUGAACCCUUCUGUUACGUCCUAGACUCUUUAAAUUUUUUAUCCCUUAUGUACCAAGUUUGGUGUCUCUUUCCCAUCGCCCCCGCCACUUUUGAACCCUUCUGUUACGUCCUAGACUCUUUAAAUUUGUCGUUGGUCUUCCAAGUAGUGUGUUUUAUAAUGUAAGCAGCAUAGCUUUAUAUCUAUCUAUACCAUUUGUGAA